AUGAAACCGAUUGUGAGAUUUGUGUCACGUGUACUACGCAAGAAGAGAGGGUCCUUGCUCAACAAUCUGCUAUCAAUUCAGGUGGCUGUAUGGAACGAAGUAGACGGCAAGACGAAGCUGAUAACGGCGGCCAAUUUCUGCCAAAACGGCAAGUUCGCCGUUGUCGGCACCUACGAUGGCCGUUGCAUCUUUUACACCACAGAUCAGCUGAAGUAUCAUACGCAGAUCGACGUACGAUCUACGAGGGGCAAAAACUCAACGGGUCGCAAAAUAAGCGGUAUAGAGCCGAUGCCGAACGACGACAAAAUCCUCGUUACAUCCAACGACAGUCGCAUCCGACUAUACGACCUGCGCGAUCUCAACCUCUCCUGCAAGUACAAAGGAUACGUGAACGUGUCCAGCCAGAUCAAAGCGUCCUUCUCUCACGACGGGAAGUACAUUGUUAGCGGGUCCGAAAACCAGUGCAUCUACAUUUGGAAGGCCUAUCAUGAUUAUUCUAAGUUUUCUAGCGCCAGGAGAGACAGGAAUGAUUAUUGGGAAGGGAUAAAGGCGCACAACGCGGUGGUGACGUGUGCCGUGUUCGCGCCCAACCCCGACCACACCAUCCGCCUGAUCCUCGAGCGCGAGGAGGAGGCCAGGCGCCGGCUGCGGGCCGACGCCGACCAGGCCCAGAACGCAGAAAGCAGCAUGGUGGCCUCCUCGCAGACGGGCCACGUGCUAGUGAGCGCAGACUUCAACGGGUGCAUCAAAGUGUUCGUUCAUAAAGCCAAGCCGAAGCAUUCCUCGCUGCCUGCCUCCGCUCUGGCGUAGAUAAUACAUCAGCUCUGUUAUAUUUGACUGCGUUACUCCGCCUUUGCAUGGUUUGUGAGAUGCGGGAGGGGAUCGAUCUCGACCAAUCACAGGUUUGAGACGCGGUCAAGGUCAAGCCAGUUCCGGGAUGUGCCAUCAAGUAUCCGUAUUCGCACAUAUCAGAAAAACCGGCAUCCAUUGUGCAAAUCUACAUAGUUAGGCAGAUUCUAAUAUCGUUCCAAAUAUUGCAAAAUAUUUGUUUACAUUCGCGCGUGAUUUAAGUAGGAAAAAAAUUAAAAUUUCUAAUUUAGAACACAAACUAAGCUUUAUCGGAUUUGAAAUACUUGAGCAUAGGGUUUGUUUUAAUAGGAGCUCAUAGUGCUUCUAUAUUGUCACUGUCCUCACCAUGUACCAAUAACUUGUAUCAAAAACCGGUCUUAUAUCUAGAUAGCGUAUUAUUAAAUAGCAGUGGAUAUCAAUUAAUUCCUGUUUAAUAUGAAAUAUAAGUAGUCUGUUUUCUUUCUGUCUGAUACCUUGUAAUAUUUUUUUUAAAUGUUCAUUAUGAGCUGAAACUAAUAAAGGCGUAAUUAAUUUUGGCGUAAGCACCACCGGCGGUGGAGCGGGGUGGGCCCUGGUGUGACAAACAGACGCUGGGUCAAAUUCAAUAGGAUAGAGAGAUUUUUUCUUUGUUUGUUCAAUGUUUAUAUCAAUAAUAAUAAUAACAAACUAGUGGAGUAUUUAAUCAGUACAGAGUACUAAAAAAAUCGACCUCAAAAGUACGUGGAAUUACG